AUGAAUGCAACAGUUCAGGCGUAUAAUAAUAAGCCCCAUUUUGUGGAGGGUUCGUCGAAUGGAAUAUCUCAAAAACUCCGCCAUGCUCAAUCACUGGUUCGUCGUCAACCAGCCAAAGUAGAGUCGGAUAAUGGACAUCGUCGUCGGUGGAGUCACUAUGAUGAUUUUCAAAAUGGCUUAAAUGCAUAUCAUGGUGAAGGCGACAUGGAGCCGCCCAAGUCGGGAUAUUCAACGGAGCAGGCACUAGCUUCAUUCAAUAAAGGACGUUCAGCAAGAAAUAACUUAACUGUUGCUUCAACUGAGCUAAAAGCAACACUCCCAUCAUUAGACGAGCGUCGCUUAAGUAGAAGGAGUCAUCAAGAUGUAGGUGUUCCAGUUGGCGCUAAAUUGGAGUCUGAAAACCGAACAAGUGGAAACACGAAUUUCCCUUUAGUACCCCAAAAAUCGCUACGAAGGUAUUAUUCGAAUCGAACAGCUCAACGACUGGAAUUUCGUCGGUCAGGCUCACCUUCUAGCAGAUUCAGUAGGGCGAGCGAAAUAAAUACUACAGAUCCUGCUCGUUUUGCAGAUGAAAAUGAUGUUCCUACAAACAAUGACUUUAACAAUCGGUUUACGGAUCCUGAUUUUGAGUCUGGUAGGACAUCAAGGUUUUCAGAGACUUCGGAAAUGGCAGGAAGAAGGAAUUCAAUAAAUUUACAAGCCCGAAUGAAACCAAUGGACUCGAAACUGGUAUCCAAGAAUGGACAACCCAUGCGUGUUUCCCAAAUAACAGAACCAGAAUCCUCGUUUUCAAAUGUUCUUGGGCAAGAAGCUAAUCAUAACCCGCUAACUGCCAGGUUUUCUGGAAACAGUACAUCAUAUGCAUCCAAUGAAUACGCUUUCGAGGAUCAACCUACUUCUGCGAUACUUAGUCCGUCCAAAUAUGCUAAUGCUCCUGCGUUCGAGCAGAAUAUUGGAUACACGAACGCGACAAUGCAGGAUCGUCGACGUCCCUUUUUCACGGAUGUGGAUUUUCCAGGUGGUAAUAUGCAGGCUUCAGGCGUGCAUACAAAUGCGGAUGAUCCUUAUAUGAAUGAUUCGGACAGCGAACGCAGUUACCGGCGAGUGCGAGAUCAAUAUUUAUCAAAGCCUCGUGUUCCCAAGACAGAUCGCUAUAGUACUUUAUCAAAUACCGCCAGUCAAAUUACGCCAAGGGCUUCUCAGGCCAAUAUAAAUUUGCAGAAUAACCAAAGACCUGCAAGUCAUUAUUAUGAAAAGCUGCAUAUAAAAAAUAACAACAAUAACAGCUUUCAAGCCUUACCAUAUGAAACUACAACUCCGGCUAAGCGGCCUAUGCCUGUAACACAGCCAGGACAAGCAACACCUCAAAAAAAGAAAAGAGGUCUUUUCAAGAGGCUCUUUCAGAAAGUUUCUCGUAUAUUUAAAUAG